UGUGGCAAAAAAAAAUCAAACAAAGCCUUAGUCGCGUGAUUAGGGUUUGUAUCAUCAACGUGCUGUCGUUAUUACGCUUUCUGCUCUAUAGAGGCUCAGUGGGAUAGCUCGCAGCGGCGAAUCAGAGACGGGAGCAGCCAUGGCGACCACCAAAGUCCAGAGGAUUAUGACCCAGCCCAUCAAUCUGAUCUUUAGGUUCCUCCAGAGCAAAGCGCGGAUUCAGAUCUGGCUUUUCGAGCAGAAGGAUCUCAGAAUCGAGGGGCGCAUUAUUGGUUUUGAUGAGUACAUGAACUUGGUUUUGGACGAUGCUGAUGAAGUCAACAUCAAGAAGAAUACAAGAAAACCUUUAGGGAGAAUUCUCUUGAAAGGAGACAACAUAACCUUGAUGAUGAACACGGGAAAAUGAUUUCCGAAGCUGAUGCCAGACUUGCUAUGUUUCUGUAAGAUUUAUUAGUGAAUGAGAAUAUCCUCUCUUAUUAGCUUGACUUUCUUGGUUUUCACUGUUAGCUGUAGAACGGUAGGAAAUGAUUUCCUAGAAGCCUUUUACUUCUAUUUUCUUUCCUCAAGCGUUGAAUGAAGCUGCCUUUUGCUAUUAUUGCAGUAUCGUUUUGUUACUUCCAAUGCAUCUUUUGCCAAUUGCGAUA